AUGGCUGCACCAGGAUCUUUCGACAAUGAGCCCGGCCCAAACCUCACAGAACAAUUUGGCAUAACUCACCGGUCAGGCGUCGUCAUUAGAAAGCCGAAAGCAAACCUCGGUGAACUUCCUCUUGAAGUCCUGGAAAUGAUAACAAAACACAUGGGCCGACUGGAUAUCGUCUGCCUGGCGCUCUGCAACCACUGGCUCUUCAGCUGUCUCUCCACCGUCUCCUUCCGCAACUUCUACUCCGGCCACGAGAGCAAAUUCUUCACCGAAUUACUCGACCGCUUAGACAGAAGCGAACCACGCGUCUUCAUCUGUUACAGCUGCAAUCGUCUCCACCGUGUGCAAGAUGUCUCCCUCCCAGGCCCUGUCUUCACAGAACCAGGCUGCUUCUCUCCCCAGAAAACCAAAUACCACUCCCGCUUCAUGACCCAACCAAUCCGCCUCAUUGACUUCCCAUGCUACGCAGACUACAAGUUCUAUUUCGUACACCUCCAACUUGCUAUGCGUGACUUCUACCGUGGUCGUGGAUUUGGUAUCCCCCUCGAAUCCUUCUUCUAUACUGAAGUAUCGACCGGUCCCAUCGGCAGAAAGGACUCCAUAUCGCAUGAACAACAAAUAUCAAACAAUUCUACUGAAAAACUCAAGUCCAAGGAGAAAACUCUUCUUUCCGUCGAUGCCCGCAUCUGCAUUAAUGAAGGAUAUCCAUCACUCUGUCUCCGUAUCCAACAACUAGCCCUCGUCGAAUCACAAGACACGAACAAACUAAUCCCACAAUCCAGCGAUCAUAUUCGCAUAUGCUGGCAUAUUCGCUCGGGAUCAACAGAGAUAGACGAUCUAGUUCGUCAGAUGGUACGACGGUUCCGAAGUGGCGAGCGUGGAAGCAGUCUAGUCGAACAGAACCGGUGUUCACAAUGCAAUACAUCUUGGAAGAUCCAAGUUCGAGAAGUCGAGGUUGAAGCACGACAGAAAAGCGUAUGUCUUGUCAUAACACGAUGGAUUGAUCUAGGACCCGGGAUAAGUCCCAAGGAUCCGCGAUGGAGAUCGCUUAUCGAGUCGAAACAUACGUUGGAGAAUGAUCAUAUUGUUUCUGAGCCGCGAGCUCGCUUUGAGAGGAAUUCAAUGCAGGCGCUGGGACGUGAGAUUGUGCUUUCUGAGGAGGCGAUCUUUUGGAGAAAUGUGGGCUUGCUUUGUGGGGAGAGAUAUCUGGAUGUUAUGGUGCAGAUGGAUUCUUCGAGAUGGUAUUUGAGUGCGGAUGAGGAUGGACCUUAUGGGAAGGUUGAACGGAUUGAGGGGGGUUUCCUCCUGCUGUGCUCUCGCUUGAUGGAUCAAAGUUAUGGUUGA